AUUGUGUACUUGUCAGACGUGCAGCAGACAUUGUCAGCAGAGGUUGAGAGCAGUUCCAGUGGACGUUGCAGCAAAAGAAAAAUAAAUAAAAAUUAAAAUAAUUUCAAAAAAUGGUGUCCGCCAUCAAAUGCAGUUUGGCCGUGGCCAUUAUGAUUAGCUUGGCCUGUUCGGCCUAUGCCAUCAAGUGCUACCAGUGCGAGUCGCUUACCACACCGAAAUGUGGCUUGAAAUUCGAGGAGGAUGAGACUUUGUUACUUGAUUGCUCCAAGAUUGGGCCACCACGCACUCUGCAGGCCUUCUUCCCCGUUCAAAACGCCACCGGCUGCAUGAAGAAGACGCUCGAGAGCGUUGUGGGACAACCGCAGAUCGUGCGCAGCUGCUACUUUGGAGAUGUCAACAACAUUCAAUCCGGCUGCCAGUCGGAUCCCUCCCUGCCCUUCGUCAGGCAAAUUGGCUGUGAUGUGUGCACCAAGGACGAGUGCAACGGCUCCGCCUCUCUCGCCCCUAUUGUUGGAGCCAUUCUGCUGUUCUUCGGCGUGGCUCGCCUGUUGGCCUAGAUCGAUCUCUAGUAUUUGACACUAGUUCUUAGUUCCCGAUUGUAUUUAAGUACUUGUCUCUAUCAGCUGUAAUUUUGAU